CGUCUGGAACAUUCUAGAAGGAUCUCGACGGCUCGAUGGUACUGUUUCCGUUGCCGGUCUCACUCGCUCGUACUGACAGAUGCUGUAAAAGAAAGAAACGCGCACAUCUAGUACCGCUCGUAGCAGGCUGUUCCGUUUCGAGAAGGAUCUGGUUGAUGCUAGAAAAGAAAGUGUAUGUUCAUAUUAAAGCAGGGGCGUCUGUCGCACGGAUGUUCAGUCAAUACUAAAACGUUGUCGCGAAAACAUCGUGUUCAGAGAAGUGUGAGACUGUGGUGUCGUGAGUGCGUAAGCCAAAGAAAGAAAGAAUCUAAGCAAACUUUAAAGGAGGAGAUAUUCAGGACUGAUUGCUUGCUUCAUUUUACUAUUGAAAAGAAUCUUUAAAUAAUAUCAAAAAGAUGCCGGAAGCACCAGAAGCCGAGACCUUCGCGUUCCAGGCUGAGAUCGCUCAGCUGAUGUCCCUGAUCAUCAACACGUUCUACUCGAACAAGGAAAUCUUCCUGCGUGAGUUGAUCUCGAACUCGUCCGAUGCGCUGGACAAGAUCCGCUAUGAGUCGCUGACGGAUCCCUCGAAGCUGGAGUCGGGCAAGGAGCUGUACAUCAAGAUCAUCCCGAACAAGGAAGCCGGCACACUGACGCUGAUCGAUACCGGCAUCGGCAUGACCAAGGCCGACCUUGUGAACAACCUUGGUACGAUUGCCAAGUCGGGCACGAAGGCGUUCAUGGAGGCGCUCCAGGCCGGCGCAGACAUCAGCAUGAUUGGUCAGUUCGGUGUGGGUUUCUACUCGGCGUACCUGGUGGCCGAUAAGGUGGUGGUAACGUCGAAGAACAACGACGACGAGCAGUAUGUGUGGGAAUCGUCGGCCGGCGGCUCGUUCACGGUGCGCUCGGACAGCGGGGAGCCGCUCGGUCGCGGUACCAAGAUCGUGCUGCACAUCAAGGAGGAUCAGCUGGAGUACCUGGAGGAGAGCAAGAUCAAGUCGAUCGUCAACAAACAUUCCCAGUUCAUCGGCUACCCGAUCAAGCUGCUGGUGGAGAAGGAGCGCGAGAAGGAGGUGAGCGACGAUGAGGCCGAGGAGGAGAAGAAGGAAGAGACGGAGGAGAAGAAGGACGACGAGCCGAAGCUGGAAGACGCCGAGGACGAUGACAAGAAGGACAAGAAGAAGAAGACGGUGAAGGUGAAGUACACCGAGGACGAGGAGCUGAACAAGACGAAGCCGAUCUGGACGCGUAAUGCGGACGACAUCUCGCAGGAGGAGUACGGCGAGUUCUACAAGUCGCUGACCAACGACUGGGAGGACCAUCUGGCGGUGAAGCACUUCUCGGUGGAGGGUCAGCUGGACUUCCGCGCGCUGCUGUUCGUGCCGCGCCGCAUGCCGUUCGAUCUGUUCGAGAACAAGAAGAAGAAGAACAACAUCAAGCUGUACGUGCGCCGUGUGUUCAUCAUGGACAACUGCGAGGAGCUGAUUCCGGACUAUCUGAACUUCAUCAAGGGCGUGGUCGAUUCGGAGGACCUGCCGCUGAACAUUUCCCGCGAGAUGCUGCAGCAGAACAAGAUCCUGAAGGUGAUUCGCAAGAACCUGGUGAAGAAGUGUCUGGAGCUGUUCGAGGAGCUGGCCGAGGACAAGGAGACGUACAAGAAGUUCUACGAUCAGUUCAGCAAGAAUCUGAAGCUGGGCGUGCACGAGGACAGCCAGAACCGGCAGAAGCUGGCCGAUCUGCUGCGCUUCAACACGUCGGCGUCCGGGGAUGAGUACUGCUCGCUGGCCGAUUACGUUGGCCGCAUGAAGGAGAACCAGUCGCAGAUCUACUUCAUCACGGGCGAGAACAUUGAGCAGGUGAAGAACUCGGCGUUCGUGGAGCGCGUGAAGAAGCGAGGAUUUGAAGUGAUCUACAUGACUGAAGCCAUUGAUGAGUACGUGAUCCAGCAGCUGAAGGAGUACAAGGGCAAGCAGCUGGUGUGCGUGACGAAAGAGGGUUUGGAGCUGCCGGAAGACGAGGCCGAGAAGAAGAAGCGCGAGGAGGAUAAGGCCAAGUUCGAGAACCUGUGCAAGGUGAUGAAGUCGGUGCUGGAGAGCAAGGUGGAGAAGGUGGUGGUCUCGAACCGGUUGGUAGACUCGCCCUGCUGCAUCGUGACGUCGCAGUACGGCUGGUCGGCCAACAUGGAGCGUAUCAUGAAGGCGCAGGCCCUGCGCGACUCGUCUGCCAUGGGCUACAUGGCGGGCAAGAAGCACAUGGAGAUCAACCCCGACCAUGCCAUCAUCGAAACGCUGCGCCAGCGCGCUGAGGCGGACAAGAACGAUAAGGCUGUGAAGGAUCUGGUGGUUCUGCUGUUCGAGACUGCGCUUCUUUCGUCGGGCUUCUCGCUGGACGAGCCCGGGACCCAUGCAUCCCGCAUCUACCGCAUGAUCAAGCUGGGUCUGGGUAUCGACGAGGAUGAGCCUAUGACCACAGACGAGAGCAGUGGUGGUGCUGCGCCAGCCUCAGGAGAUGCCCCACCCUUGGUGGACGAUUCGGAGGAUUUGUCGCACAUGGAGGAGGUCGACUAAAUUAGUAGCGGCAAGGAGAUAGUUCAAGCUAAGGCUUCAAUCCAUCACAGUCAUUACCGAUUCUCACAUGCCAGUACCUAGGUUAAUUAUUUAAAAAAACAAUUCCAAAGGCUGAAUUUGAAAAAUUGCAGUUAUCCAAGCUAGGUUUUGAUAAGAAUAAGGAUAGCAGGGUAGACGGGUGAUGAAAUAGUAGGAACUAACAGUAAGUCCGUUGGAAGCAAGUAGCAGAGCGAUUUGGUUUUAGCUUAGCUUCUGCUCUUAACAGGUGAUUUAGGGGAGCAGUGCGACAAUUUGAACACUCAUUGCCACUUAGCCCAUAACGGAUUGCAUAGGUUGCCUGAGUUUUAACCAGUUCCCUUAACUUUGAUUGUUAGAACGAUUUUAAGUUCUACCGCGUUUUAGCGGAACCGAUGACUAUUGAAUAAAAAAAUAUAUUAAAUCGUUGUA